GGUCCGGAAGAAGGAAGAGCUUAGCAGGGAGGAAAGUCUGUUGACAGCAGCAGAAAUCACACCCAGCUUCCUGACAAGUUCCUGCACAUUAAUUUAAUUUUUUUAUUUGCUCUGCUAGAAGCCGCUCCUCCCUCUCGGUGUGUGGCAGUCGGACGCGGCGGGUGAGCUGAAGGUAAACGGCGGCAGAAGCUGUGUCGGUCCGCUUCGCUCGGCUCUUCCUCAGGUAUUAUGGAACAUGGCAGCGACUGAGACGCAGCUCAUGUUGAGCGUCGGACUCAUCGAGAAAGACGUAAACGGAGACACGUUGUGGGUGUGGUGCUACCCGUCCGUCAGCCCAGAGCUGCGGGACGUCCUGCUCAGGAAGUGCUGCCUGACGCAGGACGGCCGAGAUCUUCACACCUUUGUGUUCGGCCAGUUCUGUCGCACCUGGUACUACGUCACCACGGUGGAAGUGCAGGAGCCCACCGCCCUCAGCAAGGUCACUCAUUUUUCUAUAGUUGUCACAGCGAAAGACUUCAACCCGGAGAAGUAUGCUGCAUUUAGUAGAAUACUUUGCAGAAUGUACAUCAAACAUGGCAGUCCGGUGAAAAUGAUGGAGGGUUACAUCGCCGUCCUCACCAAAGGCAUCUGCCAGAGUGACGAGAACGGCUCGUUUCUCAUCAAGGACUACGACGUCCGCAAGGCUUACUUAGCGGGUUCAGUCAAAGACGUGGUGUCCCAGUUUGGCAUGGAGACCAUCAUCCUUUAUACUGCCCUCAUGCUGAAGAAGAGGAUUGUCGUCCAUCACCCGCGUAUCGAAGCGCUGCUGGAGUUCACACGAGUCCUGCCGGCGCUGACGUGGCACAGGAAAGACUGGAGCAUCCUGCACCCCUACGUGCACCUGAGCGACGCUGAGCUGGACGACCUGAAGAAAUGCCCCGGAUAUGUGGCGGGGUUCGUCGAUCCAGAAGUGAGCAACAGAUCGGACUUGUUCGACGUGUACGUGAACCUCCCGGACAGCGUCAUCACGGUAUCCCAGAGUGCCAAAGAGGCCAUGGCUAUGGGGAAGUUGCACAAGGACAUUGGACAUUUCAUUGUCCAGUCUGCAGAGGACGCCGACAGGACAGACAGUCAGGUGAUCAAGGACAUUUCCCUGAAGACAAAAGAGAUCCUCGCCAACCUGGUCGCCCUCGCCGACGAAGGCGAAAACUCCAAAAUCACAUUCGAAGGUUUAAAGCAGCGUCAUUUCCCCCCGGCGACGGAGAACUUCCUGUUUCAUCUGGCAGCUGCCGAGCAACUCUUAAGGAUCUAACCGUGUGUCUAACCGAUCCAGAUGCUGCAGGAUGUGACGUGGCUGUCAGUAGCAGGGACGUUGGCUGUGCUGUGUGCUGUGCGCUGCGGUAGGCACCAUGUUCCCGAAGGCGUGCACGCUCUAAAUAAACGGUUAUGAUGAGACCUGCACAGCAACUUUGAUGCUACACACCAGCUUCACAGUCAUCAGAUUGGGUUAAACUGCACUGCUGUGCCAAAAGGUUACGCGACUAACACCUUGAACAACCGAGUGUGAUACUCGGCUGUUUCAUAUUACUCUAAUAUAGCAUUAACAUUAGCGGGUGAUUACAAUGAAGAGGUGAGUAUUUGUCCAAAAAUAAUGUUGUGAAAUGGAGACGGACGACCCCGGGAACUGCAAGCUGCUUUGUCAGAAACCCACGUCCAUCCCAAGUUGAUUUUCCUUAAUGGGAAUCAAAUGGUCGUGUGCAGAGAGAUGGCAGCUCGUUUGGUCGCUAUUAAUGGCCAUCCAGCAGUACUAAGCUGCAAAUCUGAAUAUUAAAGGAACAGUUCACCCAAAAUACAAAGAAGAUUAUCCCAUUUCUCCCUUGUGUAAGAUGGUUUCGACUAGGGAUGCACCAUAUUGGAUUUUUUUGCCGAUAUGCCAGCAUUUUCCAAUUCUUUUGGCCGACUGCUGAUGCUGAUACUGAUGUGUGCAUAUAUUUUUUUCACCUAAUUUCAGAGAAUAUCAAGUCUCUCCUGUAGUGCAAUUAACAUAUUAUUGUUAUUAUUAUGCCUCCUCUUAUUGUGAAGGCCCACUGGCUGUUGCAGACAUAA